GUGAGCGGCGCUGGUCCGCCAGUGGAGCCUCCAGCACGGAGCGCGUACGCAUGUCCCACGGACUCUUUCUACGCGGAGCCCAAGAUAAGGAGCUCCCACGUUGGGGUAUGACAGCCGCUGUCACCGCGAGUGACAGCUUUCAAUCUGGCCCUCUCCACUGAUGCACCAAAUUUCUCGGACUGCUUGACGCAUCUGAUUCUGAUCCGGACGGGAUCCAACACAGACCGGGACUAUGCCAGAGAUGGAGAAAGGGAGACCGCCAGAAAGUAAACGCAGCAGGAAACCCGCGCAUCCCGUCAAAAGGGAAAUUAAUCAGGAGAUGAAGACUUUUGCAGAAAGCACCAUGAACGAGCUCCUGGGAUGGUACGGCUACGACAAAGUAGAUCUUCGAGACGCCGAGGCCAACGAGAUCAGGAACUACAGGGAGAGGCGCCAGCAUGUAUCCGUGUUGAAAGAAAACUCCUUGCCAAAACCUAAAACCGCCGACAGCAAAGUCAGUCACUCGGUCCUCGCUAUGAAGAGCAUCGAGAGGGAGUCGUUCAGCGUUCCCUCGUCGAGUACCUCCUCGAGCACGCCAAAGGAGCAGAAGAGUGCACCCGUUAUUGUGCCGCUCAUAAAGCCAUCAGCAGUGGACGAUGUUCAAAAUGUGCAGAUAGUGUGCGUUUGGUGCCAGAAGGAAGGCGUUAAGCGCUACUCUCUCUGCAUGGGUUCCGAGCUCAAGAGCUUCUGCAGUGAGAAGUGUUUCGCCGCCUGCAGACGGGCUUACUUCAAACGCAACAAGGCCAGAGAUGAAGAUCUCCAUGGGGAGAGAUCCCCCCAGCACCCCCAAACAGAGGACUCAUCCAGGGUGGUGAUGAAGAUAAACAGCAAUGUCAGAUCUCUAUCUCCUGUGUUGCAGGUGUGUGAUUGGUGUAAGCAUGUCCGCCACACCAAAGAAUACUUGGACUUUGGAUCUGGCGAAGAGCGACUCCAGUUCUGCAGCACCAAAUGCCUGAAUCAGUAUAAGAUGGAUGUGUUCUACAGAGAAGCUCGAGCGGCUCUUACAUGUUCUAGCCCUGCUAGAGCUAGCCAAGAGGGGAGAUCAGACCACAAAAUCAUCGGGCAAAAGCUUCUCACGCCAGAGUCUUGGAACAAUAGUAGUAGCACAGGGGAAUCACAUCAAAGAAACAUAUCUCCCAAGGGCCCUACACCAAUGGUGGGAUCAUCAGAAUCCUCCUCUACGUCACCUGAGUCAUCAUCAUCUUCUAAGCUUCCUGUCACUGGGCAGAGAACUCUGGAAAGGCCCAUCCACCCUCCUCCACCUCAUCCUCCUGCUGUCGAGGUGUCAGCUCACCCUACACUUAUUCAUCCUCCUCUUCCACGGCACUCAAUAGAUCAUUCACGGAUUCCUCAAAUGCAAAUGCCCUUCAUCAGACCUCCUCUUCAUCCCCAGGGCCUCAGAAGUCCUCUUGCCAAUGCCCACCAUCCAAGACCCCAUGGGCCUUCUUCCAGUCCUAUCCACAGACCUGCUCAUUCUCCACACCUGCAGCCUCCCACUUCCUCUUCCAUUAACCCCCCAGGAUUGAUGCAUCCUCUCCCUCGGCCCUACUACCCUGCCUUGCACUCUCCUCCACUUAUGUUACCCAGAGGUCCUGUCCCAAUGCCUCCCUUUAUGAACUUUGGCAUUCCUUCCUUUAGUCCUCUCCUACCCCAACCCACAGUCCUGGUUCCAUACCCCAUUAUUGUCCCUCUACCUGUCCCAAUACCCAUUCCAAUACCAAUUCCAGUCCCUCCCAAAACAAAUCUAGAAACCCCAAAUCACACUGGUGUUAUACAGCCUGUGCCAGAGGGAGCAGACCGAUGUAGAUCGAUACCUGCAAGGUUUCCAUCUCCCGGGAUCCCUGAAGGGAACAGCCAAUUGCUCAAUCACAGAUUGAGUGGAAACUUGCCUCAUAGUCUCCCUUCACCGGGUGACACCAAUUUCAAGGACAUAGCUUGGGUUAAAUCAGAAAGGCCAUUCUCAUCCCCAUCAUCGACGUGCCACAGUGGGACAUUGUCCCCUAGAGCACAGUACAACACCUCGCCCUCCUCAACACGCAGCUCAGAAGGACUGACGGACUAUAAACAACAACAACAGCACUCAGAACGACAAGUUAUACAAAGGGUUCUACAGAGAACCCAGGUCAAGCUGGAACCCAAUGUCAAGGGAGUAGUGGACUUCUUAGGGCUAGAGGAGUCAGGAUCUGUGCAGGGUACCAAAUCAGGCCCACCACUACAACUCCAGCCCCCUUCGCAUGACACCGUAUACCAACAUGAGGACACUCCCACCUCACCUUCACACUCUCCACCAAGCCCGAAAGUCAACAACCACCCAUAUGAUGCCAUGGGGUCUGUCCUAAAAUCUCAGAACCAUGGUCCUAAUGGGCUAUCCAUAGCCAGUCCAAGCUCACCUUUACCCCAGAGAGCACCUACAACCACAGAUCAUGCAUUAACCGAAUUGGAAUCUAUAAAAGAAAACAAGUGCUCGGUUGUCUGCUCUGUACGGGUUGAGGGUCCAGUCAACCAAACAGAAGAACCUUUAGCAGUCGUUAGGGAUGCAGGAGAAGACCCACACUUGCCAGAUGAGGACCACGCCUAUGCCCUACCUACUGCACCAAAGACAGGUGGGACCACCACCCCACUACUCUUGCCCAAACUCAGGGACAAGGGUAGCUUAAGGAGCCCUGCUACUAUGCCCAGUGCUGGAGACAUGGAACCAGCUCUGAAGAGGAGAUGCCUACGAAUCCGUGAUCAAAACAAAUAAGAGUGGAUGAACAGCACCCCUGUUCAACACAGUAUGGCAGUGCCAGAUUCAGUACCCCGCCCUCGUGUGGACGGCGCCAGUGCUAACACCUUCCCGCCACAGCCCACCAGUGUUGCCCGGCCUGUGGACCAGCAGGGUGCCAAAGCAGGAAACCCAGUUGGUCUAGGGGGUGGGUGGGGUGUACACAACAUACAUUUUGCACCAAAAAGGGUCACUAGUGUAUUCUGUUGUGUCCAAGGACUGUUUGAUACGGACCAUCUUUUCACAUCUUGUCAGACGAUCCGCUAAAGUGCACCGCUAAAGUGUGUGCACUCAUCUUCCUUAGACCCCCCCCCCCAAUUCCUUACGCCGCACAGCAGACAGGGCGCUGAUCAGCCCUGUGUGGUCUUCUCAGAUGGAGCCUGAACAUGAUCUCUUUCCAGGGGAAACUGCUUGUUUUCCCUGCCCAACUUGCACAAAGAGCCACAUUGUUCCUCUCCCCAUAUACCACACGGACUCCCCGAUCCAGGUUUUGGGUUACCUGACCAACGAGGGCUCAGACUUCAGGAGGGUUUUAUUUUUAUUUUUUGACCGACAGCUAGAAAUAUAGGAUAACCUUCUCUUCUCCAUCUCCCUUUCCCAAUCUAAAUAUACUAAUAUUUGAGUUUUAAGCUCUUCCCAAAGCCAUUUUGCCUUUUAGGGAAGGGUGAGAUUUUUUUCUUUUUAAUCAUCACGGGGGAAUUUUGGGGUUAAAACUGAUGACUGAGCAUAAUAAAAUAAUGUCCUGUAAAAUAUUGUAUAAAAAUCAUAGAUUAUAAUAAGUAUUACCGCCUGAUAUGCAGUAGCUGGGGUGGUACGUGAUCGCACUUUUGGUCCUGAUGAUGCCGGUCCAUAAAUGUGGUUUAAAGACCCCACCCAUUGAUUUCCCUCAGCGGAUGUUCUGGUGGACUUCUUUGAUUGCAAAUAACUUGAGACUGAAUUAACAACACCCCUGCUGGUUGCAGCCAAGUAUUGCAUUCGCCUCAGUUGCCUCAAGAUACGAUGAAUCAAUCAAACUUGUUUUGAUUUUUUUGUUUUCUACUCUUGCUGUAGUGGGACAAAUUGUGAGCUAUAGAUUCUGCCUUUUUGUAAAAAAAAAAAAAAAGUCUGUUAUCAAAUGAUUCCACCAAAUAACAGGCUUGUAAUUAUUACCAAAUAUGGUGUUAUAUGAAACUAUCAAAUGCUGUACUAUACAGCGAUCAGUAUUACAGAUCCCUCUUUUGGGAACACAUUCUGAGAUUUUAUCCAGCUAGAUGGGUACUGUACGUCCAACACUCUUAUUUGUUCUCCUACUUGAUCACAGAUAUAAAAAUUUGUGUUAUAAUAACAUAUGGAAUCACAUCUUGAAGUCUAUUGUGAUGUAAAGGACAAAAAUCCGUCACUGUCCAAAAUGACUUCCUAUAAUCUAACUAUACUGCAUCUCCACUAGAGGGCAGUGUAUGCUUUAGGAAAAUGACACCAGCCUGUUUGUGUCGAGACAGCACCAGGAACGUUAACAAUGCCACCAGACUGACAUUGAAUGCCAAAUACAUUAUAUAUAUGCCAUUAAUUGACUUGUCCUAACCACGACGCAUGGGAAAAAUGAAAUAAUUGUGUCGUCCUAUUUGAUGGGUAAAGUAGCCAAGUGGACAGGUAGAAUAACCACAUCCAAAUGUGACCCCCGCCUGUGCCAUCAUUCCAGAACUCAUGUGUGCUUGUCCAAGCGUAAGCAUGCCCCCGCUGUGGCGAACCACGUCACGUCACAUCACCCCACGCUCAUUCCAGCCGCCGAUCUGGUCAUGCCGUUAUUAAUGGAAGUCAUCCUUGGCUGGCCAGGGAACUUGGAUAACAGAUUGUGUGAGUCACUACAAAAAAAAAAUCUAUUCUCACACUAACGGAAUAAAAAAAAAAAAAAGUCAAAUAAAUGACUGCCAUUACUGAUUUUAUUGCACAUUUGAACUAUUUUAAUGCCCUUAUGCUUUAUGUGUGCUUACUGAAAUUUGCAUAAAAGUACUUUAGUGCCACUUUUUUGUUGCUAUAACACAUUUAGUCCGUUGAAUAGAUAUCACAGGUUGUUUGUAUUUUGAACUCUUUGUAAAGUGAAAUAAAAGUUAUUCUAAGAGCA